UGCCAGUUGACAGUGGGCGAUCUGGAUAUGUCACAAACGGGUGAGACAAAGUAUAAAUAUCGAGUCCCACCGUGUUGCGCAAGCCGAGUGCCGACAUGUGAAAUUUAACGGAAUGGAUCACCAGACUGCUCCAGUAAUAAUGCUGCUAGUGUCCAUCGACGUAGGAGCGCUUGUCCGCACCGCUACAUCUGUGUCUGUAUUUUGAAAAGACAAUUGCUCGACUAGAAGUUCUUGCGUACUUCCUCCGUGAUUUGCUGUUUUUGCAUUUUCAUUUCUCCUCAUUGUUGGAUAGAAAUACACGCUACGAUUCUUACAGGUCUAUUUAUUUCACCAUAGCUCACUCGUCGUUGCUCACAAGAUCACCACAAGAUGGGUUGGUUUGGUGGAAAAGCCAAUGACAGCAAUCUGCUGACCGCAGAGAAUGAGCAUGCGGCUCUUGAGGAGGCAAUGAGGCAUGCGGCGCUCAUCAUGCACGACGAGACCGAACGUGCUGAAGAAUUGCUCGCAGAAGGCACUUCUCCCUUCCACAAGUUGGCAAGAGCGUGUACACUCUUCGUACGAGCUACCCUGGGCUUCGAAAAGGAGAUUGCUAUCGUAGCUAUCAAGCGUCUGCAAGAAUCCGAAGACUGUGCUUACGAGCACCACCGCAUGGCCGCACGCAAUCCCGAGACCGCCUUCCAGAGCAAAAUUUAUCCUCCAGGCGCAGAGUACAUGCUUGCAGAGGCGGAGUCUCAAGCAAUGGCCGCCGUUUGUGGAGUCCUCACAGAAUCACUAACCACAACCCUUGCUGGAUUUUACAAGCUCCGAGCAGCUUACAAGACAUUGCUUAUCCUCUCCGCAGCAGAGAAGAAAUAUCUGGAUGAACAUUUCCCGAACCGUGUCAAGCAUCCCAAAGGAAGCACCGCUGCGUCUUCGAUUCGCUCCGGGAACACCGGCAGGACACGCACAUCAACAAGGAAUGUCGCCAAAAGUACCCACAGUGCUUCCAGACAGGACGAUGAUGACGAUGACGACAACUUUGAGGACGCCCAAGACACGCUCGCCGAUGCGGACACUCUUCCACAGGACUUGUCGAACCUGAAGCUCAACGGCCAAAAUGCCGAUGGUGACUUCGACUUCAGGCAGGCGGCUACGGACCCUAUCGACAUCUUCACGCAUUCCGGGAUCGCAAUGUGCUUCGGAAUCUUCCAGCUGGUCUUGGCUCUGCUGCCCCCUCCCAUCGCCAAGUUCCUCUCCUUCCUCUCAUUUAACGGAGAUAAACCGACCGGCCUGAAUCUCUUAUGGGAAGCCACAUUAUUCAAGGAGAACAUCAACGGUGCAAUCGCGGCAUUUGUGGUUGCCGUCUAUCACGAUGCAAUGGUCGCUCCGAGUGACAUCCUCCGUGCCAGCGAUCUGCCUCUCCCGAGGAUCCGGAAACUGUUGGUCGACAUGGAGCCUUACUGCGAAGGAUCGGGCCUGUAUACUUUGGAGUUCUCGCGCCUCCUUUCCAUUGAAAAAGAUCUUCCGGGCGCGUUGAAGUUCAUGAAAGCGGGCCCAACCUCGCCCUUGAAGCAGGUCGAGGCCUUCAAGACGUUCGAAACCUGCUUCUUCCAUCUUUACCAGCAUCAAUACCAGGAGUGUGCCGACUCGUUCUUGAAGACGGUUGAGAUGAACACCUGGGCUCAUGGAAUGUACUAUUACAUCGCCGGCUGCUGCUACGUUGAACUGUAUCGUGGCUGUGAAAAGGGUAGCGAUGCAGCAAAGGCCUACGAGGUCGAGGCUGAGCGAAUCUUUUCCCUCGCACAAACCAACCUCGGUACGAAGAAGAUUUUGGGGCGCAAGCUUCCAAUCGACAUCUACAUGGAGCGAAAGAUGACCAAGUGGCGCCAGCGCUCCAAGAACAAGAACUGUUCUCUCCUAGACGCGGUUGGUGUGAGUCCCGUCGAGGAGACCAUCUACCUGUGGGGCGGAUACAAGAAGAUGCGAUCGGAGGACCUGCAGACUUCACUUGAACGUUUGUUGUGGUCCGAGGACCACAAGAAGAACCCACACGCAGGAUACGAGCCUGUAGACGAGCGCGCACUGCUCGGAUUCCUCAAGGCUACAGUUAUCCGAACUCAGGGCAAGACCCUCGAGGCGAGGGAGAUCCUGGAGAAGGACGUCAUGCGCUACAAACAAUCCGAGUUGAAGGCAUGCGACAACAGCGACGACUGGGUCGGGCCCACCGCGUAUUACGAACGUGCCGUCUCAUACUGGGAGGAGGCCGGUGGUCAGGAUGGGCCGCGUGAGAAGUUGCUGGCUGCAGACGAGGAUCUUCGUAAGGUGGAGAAAUCCGGCGAUCAGGAUAUGGACGUCAUGCUUGGUCUACGUCUGGGAAUGGCUAGGGAGUCGAUCGAUUCGGCGCUCAAGGGACGCUGAGCUAUUGUUUGUCGUUCGAUGAUCUCUCGGAACUCACGGCGUUAUGUGCGUACGGUCUAGAAUAAUCAUAUGACACAUAUGUUCGAACAGAAGCGCCUCAAAAUCAUGGAUUUGGUGUGAGGGGAGUGUGUUGCGAUGCUCUUUAAUUGCCGCGAAUGGCUAUGUGCGACUUGAUGGGGGCGGAAGUCUUAAGCGAUGAAGUCUAAAACUAAGAUCGGAUGGUAUUAAAUCGAACGCAACUUGAUUGCCCC